UUUCCACUACGAAGUGAUACAACACAACGAUCGGAAAAGAACGGUUUCAUGAAAGUGGACUGGCUGUUGGCCUAGUGGAAAUUCAUCUGGUGUAUGUGUAUGACAUAAUAACGUGUUGUGAUCUGAUGGGGGAAUUUAGUUUAAGUGGAAAUACGAAUACUGGAUUAAGUGCAAUUGAUAUAUCUGUGAACGUCGUAAAGAACACAACAAACCCCAUAUUAUUUUUCACCACACCUUCCACCACUAGCGGGACAGAUCGCAUACUUCAAGCAACCCCUUCUAGACCUGCGAUGCAAGAUGAGCUCGCUGAUAAGACAAUUAUCAGCGGGUCUAGUAACGAAGAAUCUUCUAAUGUGGGGGCGGCUGCUGAGAAGGCCACCAAGGAGGACUGCGGAAGUCUUUCGGACAAACUGAGCGAACAGGUGCCCAAAAGUGUACCAAAUCUUUUCCACCACACGGAACCCACAACACCUUGGUCAACAGCUAUAGACGAGAUUUAUUGUGUGAAUGGUGGAUUAGCUUUCCAAAGUUUCUCUGGGCAGCAGCAGUUAUUCGGAAAUCAAAAUCAGGGCCAAGCACGAAGAGCUAUAACAGCCAGUCAUAACUUCUCCCACAAUAUGGGUCGACAACAGUCAGCUAAUCCAAUGUACAAGGGUUUUAACUCUUGGGGUGCAAGCCCUGGUCAAAACUGGUCCACUUGCUCCUCUAUCUGGAGUAGAGGUCGAAGUGUACCAAAUUUAACCCCACUUCAACAGAUGAGCGUAGCAGGAAGAAAACCUAGUCCUACAUUUAACCAUCAACAGGUUAUUUCUCCGGUCAAAUUUAGACGUAGUACCUCAUAUCCUGGAAAGGGACCUUUUCCCCAACCGCCAACGUUUGAGAUAACCAAUAUGGAUGAGGCCUUACCUUAUCAGGAACGUUGUGGUUUAGUGAAUGCCAAUGGAAGUAGCCCACUAGAGAACAUGAGAGGUCUAGAACAUUAUUUGAACGACAUUAUAAGGCCAACACCAGAAUCAACAGACAUAAAAGGUUUCAUCAACUGUCCCACAAACGCUUUCCAGUCUAUAUCCCACUUACACGGAAAGUCAGCGUAUUUCCCAGGGUUAGACGAGCAGGCAGGAACCGUGUUACUCGAAGAGCCCACCCACCUGGACAGCACCUUGGGGGGCCCCCAACCUCUCAGUUCUCCAUCCAGAUCUUCGCCUCAUUCGCAGGGUUCCGAGGGAGGUGAGAGGUUUUCCCGGAAAGUCUUCGUAGGUGGUCUUCCUCCAGACAUCGACGAGGAUGAAAUAACCGCGAGCUUCAGAAGAUUCGGUCCAUUGGUCGUGGAUUGGCCCCAUAAGGCAGAGAGCAAAUCGUACUUCCCGCCAAAAGGUUAUGCAUUCCUCCUUUUCCAGGAUGAGAACUCCGUUCAGAGUCUCAUUGAUGCAUGUAUCACCGAUGAAGACAAGCUGUACUUGUGCGUAUCAUCUCCAACUAUAAAGGAUAAACCGGUACAAAUACGUCCUUGGAGGCUGUCCGAUGCUGAUUUCGUGUUGGACGCUUCAAUGCCGCUGGAUCCGAGAAAGACUGUUUUUGUAGGGGGUGUACCACGUCCUCUGAAGGCUGUGGAAUUGGCUAUGAUUAUGGACAGAUUAUACGGAGGAGUGUGUUAUGCUGGCAUCGACACAGAUCCGGAACUGAAAUAUCCCAAAGGAGCUGGAAGGGUAGCGUUCAGCAAUCAGCAGAGUUACAUAGCAGCAAUCAGCGCUCGUUUUGUCCAACUCCAACAUGGGGACAUAGAUAAGAGGGUAGAGGUUAAGCCGUAUGUGUUAGAUGAUCAAAUGUGCGACGAAUGUCAAGGUCAACGUUGUGGAGGAAAGUUCGCUCCUUUCUUCUGUGCGAAUGUCACAUGUUUGCAGUAUUACUGUGAACAUUGCUGGGCGACAAUUCACUCUAGACCAGGAAGGGAAUUCCAUAAGCCAUUAGUGAAAGAAGGAGCGGAUAGACCAAGGGCCGUACCGUUUCGCUGGUGUUAACGGUAGAGAGCUCAAAGCAGUCCUCUGAACGUCCUUUUUAGCUUAUUACCAUACUAUUUUUCUGGCGAAAGAGGGCUGUCCAACAUAUAGGCAUAAUUACUAGUAGCAAUUAUAAAUACAUAUUUAAAAAUUUACAUACUUACUUACAUACAUAUAUAUGUUGUAACCAUGAAGCAAACAGUAAUCUUUUCUUUCGCGUCAAGAUUUGAGGUAUUUCGGUUGGCAGCACGGAAAUCUCUCAUGACACGUUACCAGAAAAAAAAUCAGGUGUGUUCGAAUCAGUUCCUUGCGAAAAGGAAUUAAUUUUCAAUGUGCAUGUGACAUUUUCUGUUGCCACCCCAUAUUGACGCGUUCGUACUCUAUCCGGAAGGACGCUUAUCCGGAAAAUUGACGAUAUUGUUCAGGGUAUUGUAUAUACUAGUCUAAUCAAGAGCCGUCAGCAUAUGCUGGGCAGAUGAUACUACUUCCCAUUUACGGUGACAAAAUUUACAGGACGUCAACAAAAGUUCUUCCAUUUCAUUCAGAAUACGAUAUUUUUGGAUCUUUCAUUAGCCCUCGCCCGUUCCUGGAAACGGGAUAGGGGUGUUGCGCAUGCCAGCCCACAUCGAUUUUUCACGUUCCCAAACGGGCAAAAGAAAAGUUUUGGGAAUGUGAAUUAUCACCACCUGGUGAUAAUUCGCUUAGAUCGUGUCAGCCUUCUGAUGGAAAUAUUUUAAUAUUCAAAAUCAGCCUUUGGGGUGUGUCGCUUUAUGAUUAAAAACGAAAUACAAAUCGCAAUUUAAUGCUGGUAAUGACAACCGAGGGAGACCUCAAGUGUUUCGUUUUUCAUCCUAAAAUACGGUUGAUAGCCUUGGAAAUUCAGGAUUGAUGUUUAAAUCAGAGCUAUAUUUUGAAGAGUACUAUUGCACGCUUUUGACUGUUGCCCUUUUAGGAUCUCUUUCUCCCCUUCCUGUAACCUUCCCUCGGCCAGGAUCGAGUCUCUGUUCUGUAUCGGAUACAGGAUGAAAUGAAAGAAUUUUUCGAGACACUCAGUAUUAGCGCCGAGUACCUGAAAAACCUCUUCUUUUAUAGUCCUGCCCAGCCCUGUUCUGCUCUUCUCAUUACUCAACUAACAACUGUCGCUUUCCGCUUAGUGCUCACACUUCUACUAUCUACCUGUUUUUGGAAUUUUUUCAUUUAAUCGGACGGUAAACAGCCAACAUCGAAGAGGCACACAAGCAUGAGAUUCUCAAAGACAUAAUUAAAGAACAGAAUCAAAAUUUGCUGGGCAAAGAAUUGUUGAAAGUGUAACUUCCUGACUCGUAGUCCUGUUGACGUUGUUUUCAAUAUUCAGAAUUGUUAUUCCGUUAAAAUGAAUUGAAUUUGACAUUCGAUAAUUGUUUCUCUUUGUUAGGGAGAGAGUUUGCUUGUUUGCCUAUUGGGUGUUUGUAUGUUUUCGUGUGAUAGUGUGUCUGUGCGUGAACAAUAUCACUAUUCUGGAACUUUGUAUUUUUAAAAUUUGAAUUUUUAUACUACAUUUUAUAACUGGUGAAAAGUAAUGUUUGAUGUGUGCAAUAAAAUAGCUACGCCUAGAGGGGCACUGUAAAGGUUUAUCUAUUUGUAACGUAAUUAUUGAUCUUCAUUAUUAUAAACUAAUUAAAGUGAAAUUUUCUUAGAUAAUUAUGUAUAUAGGAGCACGGAUUCGAAAAUGCACAUUGCCGUUUGCCGUGCGACCAUCAUGAAAAUGGUACAAAAUAAAUGAUGACGGUUUUGUAAAGUCUAAACCCCCACCCCUUUUCUACUAUCGGUAUUAUUGUUUUCAACUUUGUAACAGGAAUUCUUUCGAUUAAGACAAUAUUCUCGAUUGUCCCAAAUUGCUGCUACCGAAUUAACAACUUGAUGGUCAUAUGGGAUGCAUUUCGUCCACUUUUAACGUCACGAAUUUGAAUUUAGCAGCGAUCGUCUUUUUUAAAUUUUCUAAAUUCAAGUAUAAGUAGGAAAUUUUUAUAUCACGGCCAUUUGCAUAUUUUCUCGAUUAUAAAUAUUAGUCAAUAUCCGACAAAUGAUAUAGAUGCGGAUGGAAAGAGAAAAGUAGGAAAAUGUAUUGUCCCAUAUCUUUAAAAGUAUAUACCAAUUUUCGCUAAGCCUUCUAGUAUUGAUUGACCAAUGAAACAAUAGGAUAUCCCCAUAAAUUUAGAUCGACAUCAUUUGGAAUUUUAUUUUACUCAACCUAUAUACCCAGUCACGUCAUUCGAACGUAAGAAUCGAAUCGCACAGAAGAGGAAAGAAAAAAUCAGAUUCCUCACGUGAAAAAAAAUCGUAACGGUUUCUCGAACGACGUAUUUUCAUCAUUAGACUUGAUGUAAUGUCUCCAGGAAAAAUCGUGAAUCAGCUAGGAUGUACUGAAUAUCAUUAAUAUAGAAAUAUAGGUGGUUUGAAAAAGUAGUUAUUUGUAUGCGACUUGACAGACUGUAUGAUGAGAUUACUGGCUCAAUGCUUGGUUCAAUUUGAAUUUGCCGAUGAAAACCAAUUUUGUAAGCGAUGUUUCAUACGUGUGCUACUACGUCGUCUGUCUCUAUCCAUUAGUUUUCAAUAUGUACCUUCCUCAUCGUCUGUGUGAAAACUCUGAUGAAAUUACUAGUCAUGUACCCCCCAAAAAGUCUGUGUGAUAAAACUGACCUUCCCCUGCGACUAAACUCACCACUAACAUUGAGUGGAAGUCAGACUUUGAUAUAAUUUAGUUCUUAUUUACCGAACUAACUUUAUUUAACCAAUUCAUCUAGAGUUUUUUAUUCGAUUUUGCUAAGUUGGUCGAAUCGUUUGAGUGUUUGCAAAGAUUGAGGAUAAACUGAGGACAAUAGCUUCAUUCUUAUGCUAGCCUAUUUCGACACGUUUUGUUAUCAUUAAAACGGCCAUAUCGCCUUGGAACAUCAAGAGGGCUCUUGAAGAACUGACGUUUAUUAUCGGAAAAUCCCUAGAGAAUUAUUUUUUCAUCGUAUAUUUUCAUGGUAACUAUCAAAUACGUUCGUGAUUAUUUCGUAUUCUAUUAAAUGUUGUAUUAGGGAAUAUUUGGUGUUUAAAGUUGAGAGUUUUUAUUUCUAUUUAUUGUCUCGUUGUUUUUGUGUUUUAUGUGUGAUGAAGAGCCUCAAUUAGGAGGAUAUGGUUAUCGUAACUCUAGAAUAAUCCUAUUAUUUGUGUAUCAACAUUGCUUUCAUAUUUUCAGUGCACUGAGAUGGAAAGUGAAUAACGUUUAACUUACUGCAAUUUGUUAUAAUUAUGUCUAUAUAUUAUUAUCUAGGAGAUAUUAACUCAAGGAUAUCUUUUAAUUUUGAAAGCGAGGGAUAUACGGUUGAAAUUUAUCCCCUCAUUUAUACCCAGUAUGGUUAUAGUUACCUUUUAGUGCAAUAUAUGGAGCAUGAACCUGAUCAAGCUCGAUUGAAAAUUUUACACACCUAUAGCCAGUGGCUGAUUGAGUUUGCAGCUAUGUAUCCUCAUCAACUCACAAUGUAGAAUUUCUUGAUUUAUAGUUUUACAUGUCUUGAGUUUAUACUAAAUGAAUAAUCUGCUGAAUAUUUGUAUGGUUACGAGGUGUAUAUAUGAAUUUUUUUCGCAUGGUAUUGAAAUCUAGUCUGUAAAGGUUUUAUUUGAUGAUAUGUAUCAAUCGGAAUGUUUACUAUUGAACAUUUGGCCAGCCACUGAUUAUAGCGAAUCAUUUCAGAACCUAACUGCAUUGUUAGUCCUCUGGUCUUGUCGGUUUUUGUCCGAACAGAUUACAGACUGUUGAUUAGCACCAAAGUAGAUUAAUUAUAUUUUUUGUAAUGCGUUAUUACUGAAGAAUAUUUAAAUUGUUUUUAUAAUUAUUUUAUACACUUUUGUAUGUUUGUUAGCGAUUUGAGAUAAGAUUUGUGAACUUCAAAAGGGAAGUUUCUUGUUUACCAUUUUGUUAGAUAUCAGACUUUAUGUUUUAUAUAAAUAUUAUAUAAAAUAAUGUCAAUUUGUAUUUAUUUGAUAAACUGCUGUUAUAGAACCUUCUAACAAU